CCUCCCCUUUCCCUCUCCGCCCCGUCCUUCCUUCUCUCUAGGCCCCCACCUCCGCCGCCGGCCGGAGCGGCACCGGCCGCCACCAUGAGUUCCUUCAGCUACGAGCCGUACUACUCGACCUCCUACAAGCGGCGCUACGUGGAGGCGCCCCGGGUGCACAUCUCCAGCGUGCGCAGCGGCUACAGCACCGCGCGCUCCGCGUACUCCAGCUACUCCGCGCCGGUCUCCUCCUCGCUGUCCGUGCGCCGCAGCUACUCGUCCAGCUCCGGCUCCUUGAUGCCGAGCCUGGAGAACCUCGACCUGAGCCAGGUGGCUGCCAUCAGCAACGACCUCAAGUCGAUCCGCACGCAGGAGAAAGCGCAGCUCCAGGACCUCAACGACCGCUUCGCCAGCUUCAUCGAGCGCGUGCACGAGCUGGAGCAGCAGAACAAGGUCCUGGAAGCCGAGCUGUUGGUGCUGCGCCAGAAGCACUCCGAGCCGUCCCGCUUCCGGGCGCUGUACGAGCAGGAGAUCCGCGACCUGCGCCUGGCGGCGGAAGACGCCACCAACGAGAAGCAGGCGCUCCAGGGCGAGCGCGAGGGGCUGGAGGAGACGCUGCGCAACCUGCAGGCGCGCUAUGAAGAGGAGGUGCUGAGCCGCGAGGACGCCGAGGGCAGGCUGAUGGAAGCGCGCAAGGGCGCCGACGAGGCUGCGCUCGCCCGCGCCGAGCUUGAGAAGCGCAUCGACAGCCUGAUGGACGAAAUCGCCUUUCUGAAGAAGGUGCACGAGGAGGAGAUCGCCGAGCUGCAGGCCCAGAUUCAGUAUGCGCAGAUCUCCGUGGAGAUGGACGUGUCCUCCAAGCCCGACCUCUCCGCCGCGCUCAAGGACAUCCGCGCGCAGUAUGAGAAGCUGGCCGCCAAGAACAUGCAGAACGCCGAAGAGUGGUUCAAGAGCCGAUUCACCGUGCUGACCGAGAGCGCCGCCAAGAACACCGACGCCGUGCGCGCGGCCAAGGACGAGGUGUCCGAGAGCCGCCGCCUGCUCAAGGCCAAGACCUUGGAGAUCGAAGCAUGCCGGGGCAUGAAUGAAGCGCUAGAGAAGCAGCUGCAGGAGCUGGAGGACAAGCAGAACGCCGACAUCAGUGCUAUGCAGGACACAAUCAACAAAUUAGAAAAUGAGCUGAGAACCACGAAGAGCGAAAUGGCCCGAUACCUAAAAGAAUACCAGGACCUCCUCAAUGUGAAAAUGGCUUUGGAUAUCGAGAUUGCAGCUUACAGGAAACUCUUGGAAGGUGAGGAGACCCGGCUCAGUUUCACCAGCGUGGGCUGCAUCACCAGCGGCUACUCCCAGAGCUCCCAGGUCUUUGGCAGAUCUGCCUACAGCGGUUUGCAGUCCAGCUCCUACCUGAUGUCUGCCCGCUCCUUCCCCUCUUACUACACCAGCCACGUCCAGGAGGAGCAGAUCGAGGUGGAAGAGACCAUUGAGGCUGCCAAAGCUGAGGAAGCCAAAGAUGAGCCCCCCUCUGAAGGAGAAGCUGAAGAGGAAGAGAAGGAGAAGGAAGAGGGUGAAGAAGAGGAGGGAGCAGAGGAGGAAGAAGUAGCCAAGGAAGAAUCUGAAGAGGCAAAGGAGGAGGAAGAAGGAGGAGGUGAAGGUGAAGAAGCAGAGGAAACCAAAGAAGCCGAAGAGGAGGAGAAGAAAGAUGAAGGUGCUAGCGAGGAACAAGCCACUAAGAAGAAAGAUUGAGCCCCCUUUUCCUUAACUAUUCCAGGAAAAAUUCUCCCGAAAUCCGGUCAACCUCAUCACCAACCAACCAGUUGAGUUCCAGAUCCUAUAUGAAUUAAGAAGUCAAUAUAUGUAUAAUUCUGAGAUGACCUAGGUCGGACAUUCAAUGUUGUGCUAUGACUUUUCUCCUUAUGCAGAGUAUCCGUUUGCUUGCAGAGUGGCUUUCUGGCUUGCUGCCAGCCUGUGCAUGGUUGACGCUUUUGAGUUCAGGAUCUAUGGCAAUGUGAAUCAUUCAGAUGUUUACAAUUAAAAAAAAAAUGAAUAAAUGAAUUUACUGAUGUUAAUGUUAAACCUCAUGGAAGAAUAGUAUUUUAAACCUUUGGUGGUUAGAAAUUAAAGACCUCAAGUUAUGUGCAAUAAAUAGUAAAUAAAGUUACACUGAAUGACGUAUUUCUUGCUGUGGCUUUUGUACUUAAUUUAAAUACCUUUAAAUGUGGCACCAAUAUAAACAAUAUACAAGUGAAAUACUGACCUUCAGUUUUUUGAAAAGCUAAAAUUUAACAGCUACAAUACCUUUCUUAUUUAAUUGGAAAUUCUGCGGGGUAAUACAGUUAGGUCAUGACUACAAAAUCUCUUCUCUCAAAAUUUUACUGAUAAGAAACAUUAGGAAGUGAAAGAGUCCAGAAAUGACUAUACUUUACUCUGCAAAAUGUGCUGUAUUAUGUUACUGGAUGAUUUUAUGGGAGGCAGUUUUGAAAUUAUAUGACAAAUACACCCUUCAUGGACAACUAGUAUGUAAUCAUGCAAUAUAGGUAGAAUAUGGAUCCCACAUGUUAAUCACUAUAGCUAGGUUUUCGAUACAUUCUAAAUAUGGGCAGAUAUUGAAACCUGAGCACAUGAUAUAACAAAAAGGAAUAAUGUUUCAUCAAUGCAUAAUUUAGAGAGGAGAAAGGCUAUCAAAGGUUAUUUGCCACUGUAAACACGUUGCCUGCAAUCCUGAGCUCAUCAUUCAGUGUGUUGUUCACUUAAUUCUAUUGCCUAAAAAUAAGUAGCAGUUAAUGUCACACAUUUUAAAUCUUUAAAAAAUUACAGACACCAGUAAUGAAAUUACUAGGAGACACUUAGGGGGAAGAUCAUACAUUUGUGUGUUACACUGGCAUUGCCCUGCCCGUCUUAGUUGGGAAAUACUUGGAUUUCAAUAACCAGUUGAACAAUGCAUAAAAACACCAGAAAUUGUCUGUCCGCUGUAAAGUUAUGAAAGCUCUUGCCUUUGCAUUUGCUGUGGAAUAUAGAUGAAAUUACUGUCUCUGCUGCUCUGCCUCUGUUCUUAAACAACUGCUCUGUCUGCUCACUUUGUUCAGUAUCUGUUUUUAAGAUGACCUUUGAGAGUUAUGAAUUUCACCUGAAACCAAAGUGGUCUCAAUUUCAAGUUAUGUGAUCCCUUUGCACUGCUGUAAAGAUUAGGCGUCUCCUCAGAAACCAAGCUUUUCACAUUUAUACUCAUUAAACAUGGGAGGAUGCACAUGGUUCCGCCUCAGACAGGUGCAAGCUGUACGGCGAAAGUGACUAGCCAAAUGGAAACAGCUGGUUGAUUUGAGAAAUACUUGGGUUAAGCAAGAACAUUGUUCCAUUCUCUAUCCUGUGUGCCAUAAUAAAAUACUUAAAAACUUAAA